CCGUUUCCGAUCGUGAUUUUCCUCCUCCACUUUCCUCCUCCGCAGCAUUCCUUAUGGCCUAUUUGAUUCUUUUAUAGAUUUACGAUUGAAGAUUGGAGAUUGUGCAGCUUACGUUCUUGGCAAUCAAACUGUCGCUCUCACGCGCUUUUAGAUCUCUUACUCGCGCUCUUCCUUCGCGACUUCCGGUCGGAACAGCGAACCCGCUUUCGAUUGCUGAUAUGUCGUGGCUCCAUCGGUUGAAUCCUACGCCGGGCUUCCCACCGCAUACGGGACCGUACAAAGUCGGCUCUGUGGAUGUAGAAAUACCCACGAGCGACCUGGACAGCCCGAGUGCGGAUGCGCCUCCUGCGGAUCUGCCAACUGUCGCUUUUCGCAUCUUCUACCCGUGUAAACAGGACAGCAAUGAGAAGGCUGUGAGAUGGAUACCUAGCCCGCAGAGGGAAUAUAUUAGUGCUUAUGCGAGGUUUCUGGGGGCGAACAGCGCGUUUGCGAGUGUUUUCUCAUUAAUGCCACAACUACUGUAUUACAUUUCUAUGCCCGUACACCAAAAUGCCGAGCUCCUCGCACCCCCACCCAAGUCCGAUCGAUGGCCCGUCAUGAUGUUUUCCCACGGUUUGGGAGGGACACGGAACGCCUAUUCGCACAUCUGCGGCUCACUUGCAAGUCACGGAAUCGUAGUAGUGGCAGCAGACCACCGCGAUGGCAGUUCGCCUCUCGCCAUCCACCACACACCGGAAGAGAAGCAGAAGACGAAGCGAGUCGACUACAGAUCGAUCGCUCACAAGGCGAGCACAGAAGUAUACGAAGCCAGGGACGAGCAAUUAAAGAUACGGCUAUGGGAGUUAGGCAUGGCCCACGACGCUCUAUUGAAGAUCGACGAAGGACGUAAACUCAAGAACGUAGCCCAAGACCAACCCAAGGGAAGAAACAUGCUCAGCAUGUUCUCCAACAUCCUCAACAUCCACGAACCCGGCUCCAUGAGCUACGCAGGCCACUCCUUCGGCGCCUGCACAAUGGUUCAAUUCGUAAAAUCCGUUUACCACCGCUCUUCAACCCCAGCCGCAGGCUACAACCCUCUCUACACCCCUUCCGAAGACUCCAGCCUAGUCCAACAAAUAACACCACAGAACUCCGUCACCCUCCUCGAUCUCUGGACGCUUCCCAUCCAGAGCCCCGCUACAAACUGGCUACGCUCUAAACCCAUGCCCUGCUACGAUUCCCCCUCUGGCGGCAAGAAUCUGCUAGCCAUCGCCUCUGAAGGCUUCUACAAAUGGUCCUCCAACUUCCGCGAAACGAAAUCCAUCUUAGCUCCUCCCUCAUCCUCACAGUCGAAAUACAACAACCAACCCGGCCCCCACAUCUUCUACCCCAUUGCCUCGGCGCAUCUCUCGCAAUCCGAUUUUGGCGUCUUGUUCCCCUGGGUUACAACCAAAGUCUUUGGCGCGAAAGAACCUGAGCGUGUGUUGAGGCUGAAUACACGCGCGGUGUUGCAGAUGCUGAGAGAGAAUGGAGUCAGGGUUGCGAAUACGAGUGCGGAGGAUUUGGAAUUGGAUGUGGAGGCUGGGCCGGCGAAGGGCUGGAACUUGGUCAAUGACACUACUAUCCUGAGUCGUACGAAGGACAGUGUGCGGGGAUGGGUCAAUAUUUCGGUGGAUGGGGAAGAGGACAGGGUAGAGGAGAAGGUGAUGAGCCCGUUGGAGAAGGUUGGAAGUGCUGGGAAGGGACCGGGGGAUGCUAUGGUUGAGGGGGAGGCGCUUGGGCAGGUUGUUGAGGGGAAGGCAUGAGUUGUUGA